GUCAAGGCAAACAGCUGAUCGGAGGCCGGAGGCUGGCUGUUGGCAACUUGGCAGUGGCUGGGCACUGGGAAGUGGUUAGAAAGAGUAGGAAUUACUGAAAGAUAUCCAGUACGAAGUUACUAUUGUUAUGUUGUAUAAGAACAGCAUGCAAGGCGUGGAGCUGAGUGAUCAUAAUACUACUCGCUUGUUUCACUAAUAAUCGCCCGUAAUACAACAUGUUGAAAUUUUGCCACCUGACAAAGCAAGCAUUCACUAGAAGCUCCUGCAUUAUAAAAGACGGAGCGAGAACUUUAUCUGUGUUGCAAAAUAAAGUGCCAGUGUUCUGUUCAAAUUAUGGUUGUGUAGACCAUCAUGAAAAUCGCCCAGAUGUUGAGCCUCAACCGUCCAGGUUUAAGGGGCAGGUGGGCCGCAGGUUACUCACAGGUUUUCCCCCAGGUGAAGCAAGAAGACCUUACACUGACAUCCAUACAAAUGGGGAUAAAGGACAAAUUGACAGAGCAAGUUAUCAGCACACAUCUGUAGAUGAAAAUACGGAAUUCUUCCACUUCUAUCCCACAUGUCUGGCGGAAACAAUAGCCAGUGUGUCCUCCAGCUUUACAGUGGUACCAGACAUGGUAACUGAAGCAGAGGAAGCAAUGCUCAUGAAGGAAGUGGAGCCUCACCUCAAGAGGCUGAAGUAUGAAUUUGAUCACUGGGAUGAUGCCAUUCAUGGAUUUCGUGAGGUAGAAAGGUCAAGGUGGAGCCAACAGAUCUCUUGCAUUUUGGAUAGAAUAUGUAAAACUGCUUUUCCUGACACCUGUCAACAGCUUCCUCAAACACAUGUGCUUGACCUGGCCAAGUCUGGAGUCAUCAAGCCACACGUAGACAGCGUGAGGUUUUGUGGCAACACCAUCUCUGGUUUAUGUUUAUUGAGUGAUGCUGUGAUGAGGCUCAGGCAUGUGAAGUUAGAGGAUCAAGUAGUAGAUGUGCUGGUAAAAAGAAGAUCUCUCUAUAUAAUGAGGGAUGAGUCACGCUACAACUUCACUCAUGAAAUUUUGGGUGAAGAAGAGUCCUUCUUUCGUGGUGAGGCAGUAGAGAGAGGAAGAAGAGUGUCUGUGAUAAGCCGUAACCAGCCUACAGAAGAGUCACCUGUUGAUAGUGCCACCCAAUCAUAGUGAGGUGAAUAUGAAAUGACAGGCAAUACCAAUAACACUGUGACCCCAGCAUGGAGGGCUACGACAACCCUGCGUGUCAUCUGUGAUGUUUCCACGGUGACUGGAAUGACCAUGACAUGAAGAUAACCAUGGCAGUGUAUAGCCUGUGGGAUGUUUAAAGAUUGGAGAUAUGAAACAAUGCUGAGUGGUUUGAACCUUACAAAAAAGCCACAGCCAGGCAUGUCAACUGUCCCACAACACUAGCAAAAUUGCCAUUGGCCCUCACUGAAGAAAAAUGGGAACAACAGAUGGUGAUCACUGUGUGCUACAUCACAUUAACUAGAUUGGUGCUUUAGCUAAGGUAGAAUUUCAUAUUUCAACUAAAAUUGAACUCCACUGUAUACUGAAGUGUUUGGUUACAAUUGUAAUGGUGGAAAUAAUUAAAAUGUGGUAAGGAG